AUGCGCUCAAUCAUCGCGAUUCUCAGUCUUCUACUCGCGUUGUGCGCGAUUUCGACGACGAGCGCCGGCGUCGUCGGCUUUCAGCCGCGCUAUUUCCGCUAUCGAAAAUGGGAUCCGACGCACGAUUUCUACGACGACGACGAGUUCAAUCGCCAACUCCGCGCCCGCCCAUUUUCACCAAUGGCGUAUCGAAUGAGAAUGCAUAAUUGA